UCAAAUUUUAUUUGUGAAAUAUGUGACAAGAAUUUUAAACAUAACUCUUCCUUAAGACGUCAUAUUAGAUUAAAUCACGAUGGUCCUUCAUCAUCAUUUUAUUGUUCAAUAUGUAAUCUACAUUUUACAACACACAAAGACUUUCAAACACAUUUACAUUUAGUAGAUCAUUCUGAAAAUAAUAAUAAUAAUGUUUUUUGUAACGUAUGCAAUAAGCAUAUUUCAAAAUUAAUAUGGCAUUUUCAUUUAAGAACAAAUGAUCACAAAAAAAAGAGUGCUGAACUAUUAGGCAAUAAUAUAAAGUCAAUAAACUGUUGUUUUAAAAAUCGAAUCGCAUCAUAUUCGAUUGAAAACGAAAACAAGGAAAACUUAAUUCCAGAAAUCUUUUUAAGUGAAAUAAAAGCCAAAGUAAUUAACCUAUUAAAUGCAUUGUUACAAAAACAUUUAAGUAUUAAAUUUAAUUGUGAACUCUUUUGUGAAUAUGUGUUAAUGAAAGAUAAUGAUUUGUGUAGCGUAGAUACAAAAUCACAUCAAUCCAAAAUGAUUAUUUUAAAUUCAUCAUUAACAAAUACAGACAUUGAACAAUGUUAUGUUAAUCAAUGUGAGAAUUUAGUAGCAAAGAUGAGUGAAUUUCAAGAACGAGACAGCGGAUGGACCUUAAUAGAAAUCACACAUCUUGAGAUUAAUAUUAAUAAAUAUGAAUGUCUUAAAGGUUCACAAUAUUUACCUUUACCAGCAAUAAUUGCCAGCAAAAAAGCAUGUAUCAAUGUACAAAAUAAAGAUGAAUACUGCUUCAAGUGGGCUAUAAUAUCUGCAAUAUGUGAAUUACCGCACCAUUCAGAAAGAUGCCAAUCUUAUAAUAUAAAUGAUAAAAUUAAAGAUGAAAUGAUAACGCUAGAAAACGGAAAGAUUUUAAAUUUUAAAGGUUUAAAGUUUCCAUUAGCCGUUAGUAUGAUAAAGAUAUUUGAAGAAAAUAACCCCGAGAUCAGUGUCAAUGUUUUUGGAUUGGAAGGGGAUCAUGUAGUAGGACCAUUCUACUUUACACAAAAGGAAAAUAAUAUUCACAUUAAUUUGUUGUUAUUGGAGAAAGAUGAACGGUUUCAUUAUGUUUGGAUUAAAAGUAUAUCAAGAUUGGUGAAAAGUCAGCUAACAAAACACUGCAGAAAAGUAUAUAUAUGUAAUACAUGUCUUAUCCACUUUCACAAUGAGGCGGCCUUAGUAAAACACAAAGAGGAAUGCAACAAAAUGGUUACUAGAAUGCCAGAUCCAGGUGAUAACAUUCUCAAUUUCAAAAAUUUUAAGAAGCAAAUGGAUGUACCAUUUGUCGUGUAUGCUGACUUUGAAUGUAUUUUAGAAUCAACAAAUGUUCAGAAUUCUACUAAUAUUCAAAAUGAACAUCCAACAUGUCACAUUUGCAAGAAAUUUUUAGAUCAUAAUAGAGUGGCGGAUCAUUGUCAUUUAACUGGUGAAUAUAGAGGACCUGCUCACAAUAAUUGCAAUUUAGAAUAUCAAAUUGCCAAUUUCAUUCCUAUUUUUUUCCACAAUCUUUCGGCAUACGAUUGUCAUUUGUUUGUUAGAGAACUUUCAUCUAUUGAAGGUGAUAUAAAUAUAAUUCCUUUAAAUAAGGAAUUAUAUGUAUCAAUAUCUAAAAGAAUUCCGGUAAAUGAAAAAGAAACAUUUGAAUUACGUUUUCUCGACUCAUUUCGAUUCAUGCCAUCAAGUUUAGAAAAAUUAGCUAGUUACUUGACUGAUGAUGAUUUAAAAAUUGUUAAAUCAUUUUAUAGCAACAGCAAUGAAUUCAGUUUAAUGAAACGUAAAGGGGUUUUUCCCUAUGAUUAUAUAGAUUCAGAAAAUCGUCUACAGGAAACACAGUUACCUCCUCGUGAAGUCUUUUUCAAUAAACUGACUAAUGUGUCGUGUAGUGAAGAAGAAUACCAACAUGCAGGAAAUGUUUGGAGUACAUUUCAGUUUUUAGAGUUAUCAAAAUGGAAAAUGUAUAAUUUUCAUUAUGAUUACAUGAAACCUAAAUAUCUUGAUAACAUUAAUCUUAAUUAUAUGGAUACAGAUUCAUUUAUAUAUGAUGUCAAAACAAAUGACUUGUAUGAUGAUAUUCGAAAUGAUAUUACUACUCAUUUCGAUACAUCUGCAUAUCCGAAAGAUAAUAUUUAUAAUAUCCCGCUUGUAAAUAAAAAAGUAUUAGGAAUGAUGAAAGAUGAGUGCAACGGUAAAGUUAUUAAGGAAUUCAUUGGUUUAAGAGCAAAAAUGUAUUCAGUUAAAAUUGAUAGAGAUGAAAAAGAAAUUAAAAAAAUCAAAGGUGUUAAACAAUGUGUAACAGCUAAACUAUCAAUUAACGAUUUCAGAAAAUGUUUACAAGAGAAAAAACUAUAUUUUGACUCCAUGUAUAUAUUUAGAUCUAAGAUACAUCAAAUUUAUACACAACAUAUAACUUUAACUAUAGCUGAUCCACCUGUAGCUAAACCUCCAAGAGCAGAUAAUGCUGUUAAAAUAGGUAUUAAUGGUAGAAAUCCACCAAUUUUAGGAAUAGGAAUUACUCUUGAUAAAGUUAAUUUGUUAGAAGAUACCUUUCAACCCAUAACAAAACCCUUAAAAAAUAUAAUUGGAAAACUAGAUGAAUAUAAAUCAAACAGAAAUAAAACCGUGUCCACAACAAAUCGAAUACAUUCAAGAUCACCAACAUCUUCAUCGUUACAUACCCAAGAUAUGCGAUCACUAUCAUCUCCAUCGUUACAUACACAAGAUAUCGAUGAUGAUGAUGAUAUAUCUGAUUUAAAUAAUAGCAACAUUUCUAGUAAUAUUUCAUCUGAUAUGGAAUAUGAUGAUAUUGAUGACAAUGAUGAUAAUAAAUCUGGUUUUGCUGGUUUUGAUGAUGAUGAAAACAUAUCUAAUCCUUAUUCAGAUAUGGAAUAUGAAGAUAUUAGCGAUAAAACUGAUGAUUUUCGUAUAAAAAACUUAAAAAGAACUAGCAAAGAAUCACCACACUCAACUUUGACUAAUAAACUUAGUAGUAAUAUACAACUUCCCUCUACUUCUUCGAAUGUAAACAUUGUAAAACCGCAACAAAAACAACCUACGAAACGAAAGAAUAAAACUUUACUAAGUGGUUUUGAUGAAGACGAUAAAAAACGCUGGAAAACCACACAUUUAUUUGCAAAACGAAAGAGUGUAGCUCAAUUAAAUGUUGAUAAAAAACGUUUAAAAUUAAAUAGUGAGAAUAAAAAUGAAAAUGAUAAUCUACAAAAAUCAUCAUUAUUUGAAAAUGUAAAAUUAUUAAUAAGUAAUAAUAUGAUUGAUAAAUUAUAUGGAUUUAAUAUAGAUCGUGAUGGAAAUUGGCGAUAUGGAUUAAAUAAAUUAAAGUUUAAAUCAAAUAACACAAUAUAUAUUGGAGAUACUAAGUUGAAAAUGACUCCAGGUUUAUUUGAGUUACUAUUUCAUUCAAAACCGUUGCAUUAUACUAAAAAUGAUUUAAGCACAUACAAAGAUGUUCUAAUUAAUACAAAUGUACAUAAACGUCACUAUCAACCAAAUUCACAAAUUAAAGGUACAAAAGCAUUUAAAUAUAAACGUAUUAUUAAAAAGUUAUUUAAUACAAAACCUAAUGUUCUAACAAAAGGUAGUGGAUUAUCGUUGAAAUCCUUAGAUAACCGGAAACCAAAAUAUAUUUAUUGGGAUGAUCCGAAUGAAUUAGUGAACAGAUUACGUUUACUUACAUCAUCGAGUAGUGUUGGACAUAACAACCAUAAAAACGAAAUAAUAUCAAUUAUUGAAGAAUUGAAAGAAGCUAAUAUCAUUUAUUAA